CUCUCAGUUUAAACAGACCGUUUCUGCAAAAACUCUCAGUCCCGUCUGUCAGCUGACACAGCAACAACCUCUGCUGUUCUCGGCUGUUUUAACAUUUGAGUUUGCUCAUCUCGACCUGAUUGUCAAAAUGAAGAUCGCAGCCUUCAAUGUCAAGAACCUGGGAUGGACAAAAGUCAAUAAAAACGUUGUGCGGAAUAAUCUUAUCAAGAUUGUGUCCCGGUACAGCGUGGUGGUGAUGCUGGAGGUGGUGGAUCAAAGCGGUAAGGCCAUGGCCAAGUUCCUCAGAGAACUCAACAACUUCGAAAGUAACACGCGUCAUCCGUACACUAUGCUGUGCAGUGAACCUCUGGGAAGAAGCUCCUACAAGGAGAAGUUUGUCUUCUUCUACAGAGAGGAUGAGGUGAGGUUGAUCGACUCCUACCAGUACGAAGAAGAAGAUGAAGACAUGCUCGCCAGUGAGCCCUUCAUUCUGCGGUUCAAGUGUCCAAAUACAGUUGUGAAGAACUUGGUACUGAUUCCAGUCCACACCAAACCAGAGGACGCGGAGAGAGAGCUGAACGCUCUGGAUAAGGUGGUCAAAGCUGUGAAGAGAAGGUGGAGGACUAAUAACAUUAUGAUUUUGGGGGACCUGAAUGCAGAUGGACGUUACCUCUCAAGAAGAGCGAGGGAAAGUGUUAGCAUCAGAUCUGCUCCCUACUACUGGCUGAUUGGUGACGAUGUCGACACCACGACAAGUGACUCUACUGACCACACCUACGACAGGAUUGUGGUGUAUGGAGAUGACAUGUGUGACGCUGUUGUGCCCGACUCAGCUCAGCCUUUCAACUUCCAGGCAGCCUAUCACCUGUCUGAUGCCACUACUCGAGAGAUCAGUGACCACUACCCUGUGGAGGUGGAGCUGAAAAAGAAAUAACAUCAGACAGAUGAGCCCACAAGACACCCAAAGACGAAAGGGCGUCAGAAGAGGAAGGAUGUCACGAUCUACGCAGACGCAUGGCAGAGCAUAUUCAUAUCAUAUAUCACUGCUUACCUAUAAUCACACUCGUAACGCUUAUGGCUUUGUGUUACCUGAAAUAAACUAAUCAUGAAAAUA